AUGAAGACAGCAUUACUUAUUCCAGGGAUGUUGGCCAUGCUUCUUUUGAUUUCCUUAGAGGUGACAGCAAAUUCGAAAGAAGAGAAGGUUGAUAGAAUGGGUGAUGCGAAAUUAGUGGGUGGUGGUGGGUUACAAGGCUCUGGUCGUGACUUACCUAGUCCUAUCCUCCCUGGUCGUGGCUCACCUAAUCAGGGCUUCUCCGGUCAGGGCUACCCUAAUCAGGGCUUCUCCGGUCAAGGCUACCCUAAUCAGGGCUUCAACGGUCAAGGCUACCCUAAUCAGGGCUUCAACGGUCAAGGCUACCCUAAUCAGGGCUUUAACGGUCAGGGCAUUUUUCCUGGUCGCGGGUAUCCCGAUCAGGGCUCUUCCGGUGGGAACUAUCCUGGUCAGGGCUUCCCGGUGCCGGCCCAAGCGCCUUGCCAUUUUGGCUGUUGUUAUGGGGAUGCCCGCGGUUGUUUAUCAUGCUGCUCAUCACACUGA